AUGUACUCCUGUUGGACAGAGCUGGUGCAGAGUAUCUGGAAGCACACUCCGCGCCCCGGAUCAGAAGGACAAAAGGACAGAAUCAAUUUCUCCAAAUUGCUUAUAGCUAUCCUCGAGAUAGAUCCAGAUUCGUUCUAUGGCAUUAUAGAUCAGUCUGGAGAUAUGACAAUAUCUCUCGUCGUCCGCAACUUUAUGCAAGCCACCUCCAAGGAAGAUGUUGAACUCGCUUUGAAGCUGGUACAGUCGAUGGUCAAUCCGAUGCCGGAGGACUUCAGUGACAUGGACCUGGGACAACGUAUCGAGGAUCAUCGAGCUGAGCAUCCGGCCCCGGAUGACCUGUAUACUCGAUUCCUCGAAGGAGUCAAGGAAAAGUCUCCGGUGAACUUUUUGUCCCGGUUUGCGUCUCAUAUAGAUUCAUGGCCCACAAUAUAUCCCGAUGCGGUCCAGUUUACAGUAACGUUCUAUCGUACCAUGGUAUGGGGGAGAGAACCUGAUACCGAGUUCAUCUGCGCUAUGUAUCGAGCACCACGAUUCUAUGCGAAGGUUCUCUAUUGGUGCAAGGUAGCUGAGCGUAGCGUCAAGCCUCCAGGACCCAUAUCGCACAAAUCGCUCGGGACGGACUCCACCGCAGGUGUUUUGGCCCUAUUGUGGUCGAUGACCAAUUUUGCGUCGAUGUGCAUCAGACAAUGUCUUGAGCCGGGUCGUCUCGAAAACUUAGAAGACGUCGUUACAACGUGGGUCCGCGCAGAUAUAUUUUCUGCUCUGGAGGCGGCCAUGCACCGCAGCGAGAGGGUUGCAGAAAAGCACCGUAUGUUCCUUCACUUCGUACUCCUCCGUUGUGGUGCCUCAUGA